GUUUAGAUACUGAGCAAGCGAAAAAAAUUAAGCAAUCGAAAUAUUUAAAUAUUUAAUUUUGAGCAGUUAGUCUCAAUAUUUCAGUGGUUGUUACAACUUCAACAUGGAAAAUGACGCGGAAACAUCCGCCAUUGAUUCAAUCAUGGAACAAAUUGGUAAUUCUGGCAGAUAUCAAACUUCAUUCAACUUUAAAUUCAAUUUAAUACUACCCAUUCUGGCUGCAAUGCCCUAUGUGAACCUCAUAAUCAGUCUAGCUACACCUGACCAUUGGUGUCAUGUCCCAGGUCGUGAAAACACCAACUAUACUCUCGAAGAAUGGAAAAAUUUAACUCUACCAAGGGAACUAGAUUCAAGAGGUAUAUUAACCUAUUCAAAAUGCAAACGCUUUGUAACCAUGGACAACCCAGAAAACCUUACAACUUGUGACCAUGGUUGGGACUACGACCAAACCUGGUACGAAAAAACCGCCCCAAUGCAAAACAACUGGGUGUGUGACGAUGAGAUGAUCCCAGCUGAUACCAUAGCCGUGGGUUUCGCUGGUGAAGUCAUAGGAACCUUCAUCACUGGCUACGUAGCUGAUAACUACGGUAGAAAACCUAUGUUCUUCAUAUGCUUAACAACAGUAAUCCUAGGUCGUGUUAUGUCUACAUUCACAUCCCAAUGGGUCCUGGCUUUCCUCCUUUUCAGUUUAGUAGCCUCCUUAUCAAGUACCAUUUUGAUCCAAGGUCCUUUGGUAAUAGCAAUGGAGAUAUCACGUCCUGAAGACCGAGCCCUAAUCGGAAUGGUGGUCUGCUUCUCUUGGAAUAUGGGUUUAUCUAUUAUACCUUUCCUCAUGUGGUGGUUACGUGACUGGGUACCAUUUUUACUAGCAUCAACUUUACCAUGUGGUAUUUAUUUCUUUUCACAAAAAUGGAUAAUAGAAUCACCUCGAUGGUUAGCAUCCAAAGGGAAGAUAACCCGGUGUAUAAAAGAGUUGCGAAAUGUAGCAAAAGCCAACAAGACGGAAUUACCCUCUGAUAUUGAAGAGGUAUUGAUCAAAUACUGUCAGGAAAAUAGUCAAGGGAAGCAUCAAAGUAUUUUUGCACUGUUUUCAAGUCCAAGACUUACAAAAAACACAAUUUUGCUGCUGUUAUCAUGGUGUAUAGUGCUACAAAUCUAUAUCUUUUUGAUCAUCAAUGUUUCCAACCUUGAUGGUAACCCAUUUUUGAAUUAUCUCUUUCAAGCGCUAGCGGAGUUACCUGGAUAUGCAUUAGCUAAAGUAAUCAGUGAUCGCUAUGGGAGGCGAUAUGCAAGUUUUUUGGGAUUUUUCAUGACUUUUUUAUCUUCUAUUCCGGUUAUUUUUUUGAUCAACGAUCCAUCCAUGACAUUGGCGGUAAAUGCACUGUGUGUAUUUAUGAAAUUUAGUCUUGCACUGUCAUAUUUCACUGUAAAUCUUCAAGCGCUAGAGAUUUAUCCGACUUGUAUCCGGCAAACCGGAAGUGCCAUCGGGAUUAUCUUCGCUAGCAGUUUAGGAACACUUGUACCAUAUAUUAUCAACCUGGGUGUUUCCGUAAAUGCAACUCUCCCAUAUUUAAUCUACAUGUUCUGCGCGUUAUUAGGAGCUGUGUUUUGUAUUUUCCUACCGGAAACUCUUAGCCAUCAACUUCCGGAAACCCUUUCCGAUGCGAGAGUCUUCGGAAAAGAUCAAAAUAUUUUCGGAAAACAAAAACAUCGCAAUAAUAAUAAUAACAUCAACGAUGGAUCUGAUAAACCAUUAAAAUCAUAG